AUGGCAUUAUCCAUGACAUGUGGAAUCACCACCUCCAUCAUCCUCGAAACUGUACUGCUGAAACGCGGCAAAGAUCAGCUCUCGUGGUCCGUCGCGACGCGCACCGCAAUGGGCAUGAGCAUGGUGUCCAUGCUCGCGAUGGAAACGGUGGAGAAUCUCGUCGAUUAUCAUCUCACGGGGGGAGUGGUGGCGAUUGACGAUCCGGGGUUUUGGAUCGCGGCGGCGAUGUCAGUCGCGGCGGGGUUUUUGGCCCCGUUGCCGUAUAAUUAUUUGCGGUUGAGGAAGUAUGGGAGGGCUUGUCAUUGA